UAGCAGCGGCGCGUGAUAUCCUUCCGCGGGAGACAAGCGCGGCCCUUUCCCUCCCGACAACACAGGAUGCGAACAGGCGGCGUUCAAGCUACAAGACGUUAUUUUGCCCCGCAGCCGUUAAAACACAGCACACGUUCAGAGUAACGUCAAACCGGCUAACUAGCAAGCCCCUGGGAACAUACGCCUCUCUUGCCUGGCUUUCGCUGACUUAUCCGCGUUCCGGUUGACAUCGGUUGAACACUGAAGGAAAUAUAAUCCGGUUUGAGUUGUGCGCGGCAACCGAAACUAACGUUAGCUAGCUUAGCGACGACUUCAGCGAAGAGAGAGUGUGGCUGCCGGGGGACGGAAUGGAGCUCAUCACAAUCCUCGAAAAAACGGUUUCUCCAGAUCGGAAUGAACUGGAGGCGGCACAGAAGUUUCUGGAGCAGGCGGCGAUUGAGAACCUGCCGACGUUCCUGGUGGAGCUGUCCAAGGUUUUGGCCAACCCUGGGAACACCCAGGUGGCGCGCGUGGCGGCUGGCCUGCAGGUGAAGAACUCGCUGACCUCAAAAGACCCCGACGUCAAGACGCAGUACCAGCAGAGAUGGCUGGCCAUCGAUGCCAAUGCUCGGCGCGAGAUCAAGACCUUCGUUCUACAGACACUUGGUACAGAGACGUAUCGGCCCAGCUCUGCAUCCCAGUGCGUCGCCGGGAUCGCCUGCGCAGAGAUCCCAGUCAGCCAGUGGCCUGAGCUGAUCCCCCAGCUGGUGGCCAAUGUCACAGAUCCCUCCAGCACCGAACACAUGAAGGAAUCCACUCUGGAGGCCAUUGGCUACAUCUGCCAGGACAUAGACCCAGAGCAGCUGCAGGACAACGCCAACCAGAUCCUGACGGCAAUCAUCCAGGGCAUGAGGAAGGAGGAGCCCAGCAACAACGUCAAACUGGCCGCCACCAAUGCCCUGCUCAACUCGCUGGAGUUCACCAAAGCCAACUUUGACAAGGAGACGGAAAGACACUUCAUCAUGCAGGUGGUGUGUGAAGCUACACAGUGUCCUGACACCAGAGUGCGUGUGGCGGCCUUACAGAACCUGGUGAAGAUCAUGUCUCUGUACUACCAGUACAUGGAGACCUACAUGGGCCCUGCUCUGUUCGCGAUCACUAUAGAGGCAAUGAAGAGUGACAUAGAUGAGGUGGCCUUGCAGGGCAUCGAGUUCUGGUCCAACGUCUGUGAUGAGGAGAUGGACCUUGCCAUUGAAGCCUCCGAGGCCUCGGAGCAGGGGCGCCCCCCGGAGCAUACCAGUAAAUUCUACGCCAAAGGAGCCUUGCAGUACCUGGUUCCCAUCCUUACCCAGACCCUCACCAAACAGGAUGAAAAUGACGAUGACGAUGACUGGAACCCAUGCAAGGCGGCCGGCGUGUGUCUGAUGCUGCUGGCGACCUGCUGCGAGGAUGACGUCGUCCCGCACGUCCUGCCCUUCAUCAAAGAGCACAUCAAACACCCCGACUGGCGCUACCGGGAUGCCUCGGUCAUGGCCUUCGGCUCCAUCCUGGAGGGGCCCGAACUCAACCAGCUCAAACCCCUUGUCAUACAGGCGAUGCCCACCCUUAUUGAGCUGAUGAAGGACCCCAGUGUGGUGGUGAGGGACACCACGGCCUGGACGGUGGGGAGGAUCUGUGAGCUGCUGCCCGAGGCCGCAAUAAAUGCAGUUUACCUGUCUCCACUGCUGCAGUGUCUGAUCGAGGGGCUGGGGGCCGAGCCCAGGGUCGCCUCCAAUGUCUGCUGGGCUUUCUCCAGCCUGGCCGAGGCGGCCUACGAGGCCACGGACGCUGCUGAGGACCAGGAGGAGCCGAGCACUUACUGCCUUUCCUCUUCCUUCGAAAUUAUUGUCCAGAAACUCCUGGAGACCACAGACAGGCCCGAUGGCCACCAGAACAACCUGCGCUCCGCCGCCUACGAGGCUCUGAUGGAGAUUGUGAAGAACAGCGCCAAGGACUGCUACCCUGCCGUACAGAAAACCACCCUGGUCAUUAUGGAGCGACUGCAGCAGGUCUUACAGAUGGAGUCUCACAUCCAGAGUACCUCAGACAGAAUCCAGUUCAACGACCUGCAGUCUCUACUGUGUGCCACCCUACAGAAUGUGCUGCGUAAGGUGCAGCACCAGGAUGCCCUGCAGAUUUCUGAUGUGGUGAUGGCCUCCCUGCUCAGAAUGUUCCAGAGCACCGCCGGCUCUGGAGGCGUGCAGGAGGACGCACUCAUGGCUGUGUCUACGCUGGUGGAAGUGCUGGGCAGUGACUUCCAGAAAUACAUGGAUGCCUUCAAGCCUUUCUUGGGUAUUGGCCUCAAGAACUAUGCUGAAUAUCAGGUGUGUCUUGCCGCGGUCGGGCUGGUGUGUGACCUGUGCAGAGCUCUGAUGUCAAACAUCUUGCCUUACUGUGAUGAGAUCAUGCAGCUGCUGCUGGAGAACCUGGGGAACGAGAAUGUGCACCGGUCUGUGAAGCCUCAGAUCCUGUCGGCUUUUGGUGACAUCGCUCUGGCCAUCGGAGGAGAGUUCAAGAAAUACCUGGAGAUUGUUCUUGACACGCUGCAGCAGGCCUCCCAAGCCCAGGUUGACAAGACGGACUACGACAUGGUGGACUACCUGAACGAGUUGAGGGAAGGCUGUCUGGAGGCAUACACCGGCAUCAUCCAGGGCCUGAAGGGAGACCAGGAGAAUGUUCACCCUGAUGUGAUGCUGGUUCAGCCUCGGGUGGAGUUCAUUCUGUCCUUCAUUCAUCACAUAGCAGAGGAUGAAGACCACUCUGAUGGAGUGGUGGCCAACGCUGCCGGUCUUAUAGGUGACCUGUGCACUGCGUUUGGUAAGGACGUCAUGAAGCUGGUGGAGGUGCGUCCGCUCAUCAACGACUUGCUGACGGAGGGCCGGCGCUCCAAGACGGCCAAAACCAAGACGCUGGCCACCUGGGCCACCAAGGAGCUCCGCAAGCUGAAGAGCCAGGCCUGAUUUGCUGCUGGUCGGGAUGAGAGAGAGAUGAACAUCAGUGAACAAUGAGGAAAAAUUGCCCCACUGGAAUUAAAUCUUCUGUCUUUCGCGCGUGUGGCCAGGUCAAAGCAGAAGCGAAGUGUGCGCUGAGAUGAGUGUCUGUGUGUGAGCGAGCGAGAGAGAGAGAGAGAGAGCACGAGCGAGAAGCGUGUGAGCGAGCGAGCGAGAGAUGAUUGACAUCACACCACCUUCUGAGUACAAUUCCAGCAGUCGCCGGCAGACUAGCAGCGACUCCCCCCUUCCUUCAACCUUGUUAAACUUCCCCUGAACUCCCCACCUCCCCUGGCCUUUGACCCUCUCCUCCCCCUCCCCACCCCCUCUCGACGGCCUGUGGACUGUAUCUGGACUAGGACAAGGACUCCGAAACCCCCUCCUCUUCCUCCAAAAAGAAAAAAAAAAAGAACAACUGACUUAAUCUUUGGAGCCCCACAUCUGAUCCCAAGCGCUCCUCUGCACCUGUUUCCACCCUCCUCCUCGUCUCUCGCUGUAGCUGGGCUAAAGCCAACUAACCUUUAGUAGUCUGCUACGAUACGACGGCAUCAACAACCAAGAUCCAACCAACCGGCCCCCUCCCUGCUGGAUUUAAAAAAAAAAAAUAAAAAAAAAUAAAAAAAUACACAAGAGACCAACUGCCAACCACAAACACCGCGAGAGGUGGGAGGGGGAAUGUUGUUUAUGGAAUCAAAACGUAAAACAACACGAUGAGGAAACAAAAAUGAGUAAGACUUCUGGAAUCAAAGCAACAUAAGGAAAAAUUGGAAAGGACUGUUCGACUUCAGUUGCUCUUUAACCAAUCUGUGGAAUACUUACCUUCAUUUUGUUGCUCUUAUGUUUCUUUUCUUUUUUCUUUUUCUUUUUUUUUUUUUUCUUCUCAGCUCUUUUCCGAGCACUAUAUGUGGUUGCAGACUCUGAAUAAUAAACAAACCCUGACACAGCGAAGGUGAUCUGAAUUGGACUGUGUGUCAGAUCCGAGUCAGGACUGUGUAGAUAAAAAACGAAAAACACAAAAAAAAAAACAACAAAAGUAAAACAGCAGAGUGGAGUUGGAAAUGUGGUGCCUGGGUUUCACGUGUCUUUCACAUCCCUCCUUCAUAUCUGUCUUCUGCCAAGUUAAAACAUCGCUCUGCUGCCACCCUUCAUCCCGUUUCACAGGGACUGUUUCGGCUGAAGUUGACAGUUUGUGCGGUGGUGGCGGGGAAAAUGGGAGGGAGCCCCCGUCUGUUAUUCCUCUGCCAAGUGAAAAAUCAAUCAAUAAAUGAAUAAGAUAAUAAAUUGAAUGCUUGGGGAGACAGACAGACAGCUGUUAGCAGUCAUAGAGACCCGUUGUUGUCUUUGCUGUUGGCACCACAGAAACCACCGACAACACGUUCACCUGUUAGGAUUUUUAUUUUUUUCUUUUCCUCUGGAUUUUGUUUUGUUUUCAACGGCAUCAUCAGUUGCUUUGUCGUCUUCAGCGCGUGGGCUUUUGUAGAUCGAACUGGUGGGGCUCGCUGCCCCUCCAAGCAGAUUCAGCCUGGGAGUAAAGCACCGGUGAAGAUUUGCAAAAAAAAUCAAGGGGAAUGCUCUUAUUUAAAAAAAAAAAAAAAGCAAAAAAAAAAAAAGCACUAAAUUUUUA